GGCUCAUAUCAUUUGUGAGGUCUGUUGAUGUCUGUAUUAUGCAUAAAUUAAAAACAGAAAGGAGUCUAUUAGCUACUAAUAAAGAAAUGGAGAGUAAAGAGCUUUUUCAGAAAACUUUGGACUUGACAGCAGUUUGGAUGGUUCUUCACGCUUUGUGUUUUGCAACACAUGCUUCGGAACUUUUAUAUUCCACAGCGGAGGAAUCUAAACCAGGAACUAUUGUUGGACACUUGACUAAAGAUUUAGGAAUGGAUAUACAUAUGAUAGUUUUAAGACAGAUGCGCAUAAUCUCGGAAUCUAAUGAUAAAUAUUUUAACGUGGACCUGACAUCUGGAGCUUUGGUGAUCAAGGAAACAAUGGACAGGGAGAUUUUGUGUGGAGGACGUUUACAUUGUCACAUUCGGAUCCAGAUUUCUCUUCAAAAUCCGUUGGAAAUGCACAGCGUUUCGAUUGAAAUUGUGGAUGUUAACGACAACGCGCCACAGUUCCAAAGCCAAAAUACUUCUUUGGAAGUUUCAGAAGCGGCAGCUCCCGGCACGUCGUUCCGCCUAGAAAGUGCGCAUGACCCGGACGUGGGAGUGAAUUCACUGCGCGCUUAUUAUCUCAGUCAAAACGACUGUUUCAUUCUAAAAAUAGAUACAAAAAGUGAUGGCAGCAAAAUCCCAAUUUUAGUCCUAAACAAGCCUCUUGACAGAGAAAAGAUGAGUGAAUACCGAUUAAUUUUAACUGCAGUUGAUGGUGGCAGUGCAGAGAAAUCCGGCAAUAGUGCUGUUUUUAUAAAUAUUCUUGAUGUCAACGACAAUGCUCCACACUUUCUUAAUCCUACUAAAAGAGUCACUCUUUUAGAAAAUUCUCCGCAUGGAACAUUAGUCACACUUCUUAACGCCUCUGAUGCCGAUCAUGGUCAAAAUGGUGAGAUAUCUUACACUUUUGACAAAUACACACCUGACAGUGUUCUGAAACUGUUCAGCGUGGAUUCGGUGACAGGCGAAAUUAGAGUUACGGGACUGAUCGAUCACGAGCUGGCGAAGGUGCAUGACGUCACGGUCCUAGCAAGGGACAAAGGAAUGCCCCCGAUGGAGGGCUCGUGCAACAUCAAAAUCGAGAUUAUAGACGUGAACGAUAACACACCUGAAAUUAGCAUUAACAUGGUUUCUUCUGUAAUAUCUGAAGAUGUGACUUUAGGCACUGUCAUUGCACUUAUUAAAGUUAAAGAUGAAGACACAGGCAAAAAUGGCGAAGUGAACCUGCACAUUCCUUAUGGGUUGCCUUUCAAGAUCAGUUCGCCAUAUAAGGGCCUUUUCACUUUAAUGGCCGAUGGCCUUCUGGACAGAGAAGCUGUGGCUGAAUACACCAUCACUGUGACCGCCACAGACUCUGGUUCCCCGCCUCGCUCCUCGCAGAAAUCUUUUGUGCUGUGUCUUUCAGAUGUUAAUGAUAACCCCCCAGUCUUUUCACAGCCUUCCUACUCUGUGGACAUAGCUGAAAACAAUGCCCCAAAUGCUCCCCUUCUGUCCGUGUCUGCCUCAGACCCAGAUGUGGGUGAAAAUUCCACCAUUUCAUUCUCAAUUUUAGAGAGUGAGGCUCUUGGUUUGUCUGUUUCUUCAUAUGUAUAUAUAAACCCAAAUAGUGGGCAAAUUUAUGCUAUCAGAAAGUUUGAUUAUGAACAUCUGAAUGCGUUUCAAUUUGUAGUGCAGGUUCAGGAUAGAGGAACUCCAUCUCAAAGCUCCAAUGCCACUGUGCACGUGUUUAUUAAGGAUCAGAAUGAUCAUCCUCCUAUCCUUAUUUACCCUGCACCCACAUCCGAUGGGACUCUGCAUUUUUUUAUACCUAGAACUGCCAGUAUCGGACACCUAGUAAAUCGUAUUACGUUUGUAGAUGGUGAUAGUGGUCACAAUGCCUGGUUAUUCUACAGCAUCUUGGGGCCUGAUGCUGAAAUGUUUCACAUAGAUGCACAUACUGGAGAGCUGCGUACUGCACAAAAACUUUCAGAAGAGGACAGCAAAUCUGUCUUUAGCCUUAAUGUGAUUGUAAAGGAUAACGGAAGGCCUUCUCGUUCUGCUAGUGUGGCAGUUAACAUCACCCUGGCUGAAAAAUCCUCAGACGUUUCUUCUGAACGCAGGAGCCUCACCUCCAAAACACCAACUGGAUCUAACCUCACACUGUACCUUAUAAUCACAUUAUCUUUCAUUAUUGCGUUCUCUUUCCUGGCUAUCAUUGCUAUAGCAGUACGCUGGCUCAGCCAUCAUGGUUAUAUGAUCUGCCUCAUGCAAAAACUUGGUUUUAAACACACACCUCGUGCGCACCAACAUAAUGACCUUCAUCUGCAACUAAACACUGAUGGUCCUAUUAGAUUCAUGGAGGUCGUGGGGGCCACUCAGGAUUUCCACAAACACGCGUAUACUCCUGGUUUGUCCACCAUCUCCAGUAGGAGUGAUUUUGUGUUUGUUAAGGCCCCAGAGAGCACUCUAAGCAUGCGACUGUCAAAAAGACUCUUCGCUCACUCACUUAUGAAGCAAAAGCCACCUAAUACUGACUGGCGAUUUCCCCCAAACCAGAGGCCUGGACCCAGCGGGGCUGGAGCACGUCCUGAAGAGGCAGGUGCCGGUGCUGGUGUGAUAGCAGGAACAGGACCAUGGCCCAACCCCCCUACUGAGGCUGAACAGCUCCAGGCUAUGAUGGCAGCAGCAAACGCAAGUGAAGCCACUGCGACUCUUGGCCCUCGCUACAAUCUACAGUAUGGCCCGGAUUACCGUCAGAACGUCUACAUCCCAGGCAGCACUGCCACCCUUACAGCCAACCCUCAGCAACAGGUUCUCCAGCAGGCCCUUCCUCCACCACAGGCCCUUCCACCUACCGAAGUCCCCAAAGCGGCUCAAACACCAGCCAGUAAGAAGAAACCCACAAAGAAAGACAAGAAGUAAGACCUGUGGAAGAGCUGAAGAAACAUGUUGCCGGGAAUCUAAACAUCUAUCCUCUCAAACCAUGUUGGGUUUGGAUGAAGAUUUAAAAAGAAAAAAGUGAAUAGUAUUACUUGUUUUAGCGUUAACAUGAGACAAUAAGCAACCAAACAAGAGGAAAUGUGUUCAGAUUCCCGAAGCCCUUUCUCUGACAGAUAUCUCUGUCUUGUAAAUAGCAUACUAAAACAAGAAGAAACACAUUUCUUCUUUUUAUUUUUUCCCUCAAAUGUCACGUUUUAGGCUUUUUGUGUUCUUUUCAAAGCAAAGUAGAUGCUUAUUGUGGAUACAAAAUGAAACGCUGUUAGGCUUUUUAACAUGAUGUGCCACAACUCUCACCUUAACUGAAGAAAGGAGUAUUUAGCUGAACUAUGCAUUGCAAAGGAGAUACAAAAGGUGAACGUAUAUAUAAAGUGUUUUCCAGGUGAGAUAAUACAUGUAUAUUUGCGUAAAAAAAUCUGACGGUGAGACACUGGAUUGUCGGCAUGGUGUUUAAAAAUAGAUUCAGUCUUCUCAUUAACUUCUUAAUAGCCAGUUAAGCAGAGCUGAAUGUUAGGUUAAUGACGUUUGACUAUUCUUUGUUAUUAUUUCCUGUUGGCGUGCUAAAGAAUCCUCUGGAAAUGAAGUAAUGUAAACAGUGUUUUUUUGAUGCUGAGAAAAGAUAAUCACAGCCUUUGUAAGGUCAAUGAUUUGGGUCAAAGGAAGAAGAUCUAAAGAAGGAAACAGCAGAAAUGUGCUUGAAUGGAUCUUAGAUGGAAGGAUUUCAUGUCUGUUCAUCUGCACCUACCACCACUAUCGUGUAUAUAAAAUGUGUAACCUGUCUGUACAAACAUUAGAGCCACAAGGGCUGGCUGUUACAGGAAUGUUUCAGUAUUUUUUACAAAAAAAAAAACAACAAAAAAAGACACAAGAAAAAAAAAAGAUCCAGUGUAGUGUUUUAGGAAUAAAAGCUUCAAGUCCAUUGACUAACCAAACUGUACAUACUACGAAACUUCUGAUGACACGCAAUCGUAGCUUAAGGCUUGUGGAGUAUGUGCAUAUUUUUGUGUUUUCCCCCUCUUGAUUACACUUUACUUUCCUCUUCUCCAAUCACCUAAACCUUUGAAAGAUAACAGACAAUACUUAUACUGUCUUUGCUAUAGAGUAACACCCUUUCCCAUCUUACUGUACUUUUCUGUGCUUGUAAUUCCAAUCAGUCCUUAAUGAUACUGGAAUGCCACUCCUGUCUGUUUGACUUUGAAUAUCUAUCUAUCUAUCUAUAUAUAUAAAUGUCUGUCUGCUGCUUGGCUACUUUUUCUGUAUUUGACUGUGAUUCCUUUAAAGAAACGCUUAGCACCUCAUGUUACUCUUUUUAUUUUAUAAUCUACUAUUUAUAUCGCUGUUUGAUUUAUGUUUUACUUUAUUAUUGGAACACUUACAUUUGAAAUAAAAUUUUGUCAGAACUC